AGGGACCUUGGUGUGCAAAAUAGCUGAAAGCUACCCUUAGGAUGAGAGCAAGGCAGCUGGUGUGUGGAAUUUGGAGUCUGUGUUUCAUGUUCUGCCUUUUCUGCAUCUUUCUUCACCAAACGACAGCUAAAAGAAAACUGAAGUUUGUGUCCAUGGUAUUUCGCCAUGGUGAUCAUACCCCACAGGAGUUUUUUCCAACUGACAAGCACAAAGAAGUUGCAAGACAGCAGGGAUAUGGACAGCUUACCAAGCUUGGCAUACAGCAACAGUAUGAGCUUGGCCAGUACGUGCGGAAGAGAUACUCUUAUUUCCUGAGUGUUGUAUACAAGCAGUGUGAGAUUUAUGUUCAAAGCACUGACUGUGAUCACACGCUUAUGAGUGCUCAGGCAAGUCUUGCCGGGCUGUACCCACCAACACAGGGCCAGAUUUGGAACCCCAGAAUCCUUUGGCAGCCAAUUCCAGUUCACACGGUGCCACUGUCACAUGAUAAUUUGCUAUACUUACCUUUCUCACACUGUCCAAAAUACAAUGAGCUUCUGAGAGAAACCUUUGCAACAAGGGAUUUCCAAAGGCAACUCAAGCAGUACAGGCCAUUUCUGAAGUUUUUAGCCACUCAUACAGGAUACUCAUUGAAGAAGUUGAACACUGAAAGAAUUUGGAAGCUCUCUGACACUUUACAGUAUGAGGAUAUUAACAAUUACACUUUACCUGUUUGGGCUACUCAUGGUGUCAGGACCAAGCUGAUAAAGCUCUCAGAACUGUUAUUGCAGGCGGAAUUUGGGUUCCACAAACAAAUACAAAAAUCACGUUUGCAGGGAGGUAUUCUUUUAAAAACUAUUCUAAAGCAUAUCUCAGAUGCUAGAAAGCCUUCACACCAGCAAAAAAUGGUUAUGUAUUCUGCGCAUGCAGCCACCAUUGUUGCCUUACAGACGGCACUCAAUGUCUUCAAUGGGAAACAGCCUCCUUACAGCGCCUGUCAUUUUUUUGAACUUUACCAGGAAAAAAAUGGGCAAUACACCAUAGAAAUGUACUAUCGGAAUAACUCUUUGAGAGAUCCUCACCCCCUCACUCUCCCUGGCUGCAAAUUUCGCUGUCCACUGGAGAGAUUUACUCAGCUGGUCUCCCCAGUUCUAGUACACUAUUGGACAAGAGAAUGUAGGAUGUAAGACAUAAAAAAAGGUGUUCCCACCAUGAUCUUCAGUGUGAUUAGCUUUAUGAAACAAUUCAUCCCACACUGUGAUGUGUCUACAGUCUGACACUUCUCAUUAACUUCCAUCAGCAUGGCCAACCGUCUCCUGAUCUCUAUCAAAAGAAAAUAUUCCUCAGGACAACAAACCAAAACUAUUGAAAGUGGUGACUUAUCCUUCAUGAACAUUCACUUUAUUUUAUCAAGUGGUAGAACCCAAGUGAAAUACAAAACCAGACUAAUUUUUCAAGAUCUAUUCAUUCCAAAGGGUCUUUGGCUGAACUAAUUCAAGAAUGUAAUUGUAGUUAGUGUUUUGAAGGGCUAUAGCCUUAAUUUACAGCAAAAUUGGAAAAUA